UUGUACCACCUUUGCAGCUUGUCCAACAACCAGUAUUUUUGCGGUCUGUGYAAAAGACAACAGUUUUUGAGGAUGGGCAUUAUUGUGUCGGAUUGCCACUUCGAAAUGAGAAGCUCCAGAUGCCUAAUAAUCGUAGUGUGGCAGAACAACGCAUUGCGUCUUUGGAAAGGAAGUUCAGGAAGAGUCCUGAGUUCUUUGAAGAUUACAAGAACUUCAUGAAAGCAAUCAUUACCAAGGGCUACGCAGUCCGGGUUCCAACAAAUCAACUGACUCGAGAGGACAACAGGGUGUUCUAUAUACCGCACCAUGGAGUCUACCACCCAAAAAAGAAGAAGCUUCGGGUGGUAUUUGACUGCACAUCCUCCUACCAGGAUCGGUGUCUGAAUAGUGAGUUGCUCCAGGGGCCUGAURUGACCAACACGUUGGUUGGUGUCCUCCUCAGAUUUCGGGAGGAGCCUGUAGCAAUAAUGGCAGACAUUGAGUCAAUGUUCUAUCAAGUUAAGGUGCCAGAACAUGAUGCAGAUUUACUCCGCUUUCUUUGGUGGCCCAARGGCAGAUUAGACGAGCCUAUGGAGGAAUUCCGAAUGACAGUGCACCUUUUUGGAGCCACUUCUUCUCCAAGUGUGGCCUCAUAUGCACUGAGAAGAACUGCGGAGGAUCACAGGGACACUGCAUCUCCGGACGCAGUUCAGACAGUCCUGCGCCAUUUCUYCGUAGACGACUGCCUGAAAAGUGUAGCCACAGAAAACGAUGCAGUGAGACUAGUCAAGGAACUUCAAGCUUUGUGUAGCAGUGGAGGGUUCACUUUAACAAAGUGGAUGAGCAACAGCAGAAAGGUGCUAACGUCAAUCCCUGCAGAGCACAGAGCCACUGAAGUCAGAGACCUGGAUUUACGACACGACACUCUACCAGUYGAAAGAACUCUUGGUGUGCAGUGGGACACGGAAUCGGAUACUUUCCUGUACAAAAUAGAGCUACAAGACAAGCCAGUGACCAGAAGAGGUAUCUUAUCAAUCGUCAACUCCAUCUACGAUCCUCUUGGCUUUCUGGCGCUGGUUAUCUUGCCUGCUAAACUUUUGUUGAAAGAUCUCUYUAAGGAACAUCUUGACUGGGAUGAAAACAUUGAUGGAAAGCAUGCUGAAAAGUGGAGCAGAUGGCUCGAAGAUAUCACCUACCUCUCCAACUUCCAUGUGAGUAGAUGUUUGAAACCCACCAACUUCGGAUGCACUACCUCAGCGCAGUUGCAUCAUUUUUCAGAUUCCUCAGAAUACGCUUACGYCACUGUGUCUUAUCUACUGCUYGAGAAUGAACAUGGCGAGAAACACUGUGCUUUCCUUAUGGGAAAAUCAAGAGUGUCCCCACUGAAGAAAGUCACAAUCCCUAGGCUUGAGUUGACCGCGGCGGUUGUCGCAGUGAAGGUCGACAAGAUGUUGCACGAAGAAUUGCAAAUACCACUGCGACAAUCUGUUUUUUGGACAGACAGRACUACGGUGCUUAGAUACAUCGACAGUGACACGGCACGUUUUAAAACGUUUGUUGCUAACAGAGUUUCGAUGAUCCGAGAAGCAACCAAACCCUCACAAUGGAUGUAUGUKYGAACAAAUGAGAAUCCUGCAGAUCAAGCCAGCAGAGGCCUGAAGGCAAAGAGUUUGGUCGAAGGAGGAAUAUGGAUAAGUGGACCAGACUUUCUGCUGAAUGAAAAGGAUUGGCCAGAACAGCCUGUGCGAAAGAAGGAAAGCCUAGAAGAUGACCCGGAGGUCAAGAACACAGUCGCUGUUCACAUGGUCAAAGUUGAAGAAAGUAUGGCACCAAUGAACCAGCUACUUGCUUAUCACUCUGAUUGGAGCAAAUUGAAACGAUCCGUGGCUUGGAUUGUAAAGGUAAAGGAUGCUCUGAGGGAGCGUAAAGAAGAAUGCAAAAGGGCAUUAAGAACAAUUAGCCAGACCGAACUUGACCCUGAAAAACAAAGAAAAAAGUAAGAACAACAUAUGAAGAAAUUUCAA